AUGACAUGGGUUACCAUGGGCAGAAAUGUAGUAGACAGCAAUGCAAAUCACUGGCGACUGUAUUAUGUGUCUACACCGAAGAGGAUGGAUAGUCUAAGAAACCAAGGUGGUGUAUUGGUGGUUUAUUGGUGGUGUGUUGGUGGUGUAUUGGUGGUGUGUUGGUGGUGUAUUGGUGGUUUGUUGGUGGUUUAUUGGUGGUUUAUUUGUGGUUUAUUGGUGGUUUAUUGGUGGUUUAUUGGUGGUUUAUUGGUGGUUUAUUGGUGGUUUAUUGGUGGUUUAUUGGUGGUUUAUUGGUGGUUUACUGGUGGUGUGUUGGUGGUUUAUUGA